UCUUCCGCAACUCGAGCGAUUUGGAGUAGGAAAAGGGGGGAGAGAGCGAAGCUAGGGUCGAAAUGGUGGGAGGGACCGAAAGCUAGGGUGCGAAAUGGGAGAGGGAGUUUCGAAACGUGUCUGGUCUUUCCGCCCAAAUGCGCUUUCUAUUCUCCAUAUAUCAUCCUCCUUCCUUUUCUCCCAUCUCCAUCUCCUAUUCCUCUGGUCCUCCCAUUGUUAUUACAACCCAUCUCUCUCCUUUACUCCUUUUAUUCUCUUCCAUUCCAUGGCUUCUUCUACUACAGCCAUUGAUGCUCCACCACAACCCAUAAACCAAAACAAUGCUGGUGCCGUUUCACACAAAUCAAGAGUCACUGUGGUGGGAAGUGGCAAUUGGGGCAGUGUUGCUGCCAAGCUCAUUGCCUCCAACACCUUGAAGCUUUGUUCAUUUCAUGAUGAAGUGAGAAUGUGGGUCUUUGAGGAAAAAUUACCUAGUGGUGAGAAGCUAACUGAUGUCAUCAACAGAACUAAUGAAAAUGUGAAAUAUCUUCCUGGAAUAAAGCUUGGCAAAAAUGUCAUAGCAGAUCCUGAUCUUGAAAAUGCAGUAAAAGAUGCAAACAUGUUAGUAUUUGUGACCCCCCAUCAGUUCAUGGAGGGCAUAUGCAAGGGGCUUGUUGGCAAGCUGCAGGCCAAUGUGGAGGGUAUCUCCCUCAUUAAAGGGAUGGAGGUCAAGAAGGAAGGUCCGCGUAUGAUCUCAGCUCUUAUCUCCAAGCAGCUUGGAAUUAAUUGCUGUGUUCUAAUGGGUGCAAACAUUGCGAAUGAGAUUGCGCAAGAAAAGUUUAGUGAGGCUACAGUUGGAUACAGACAGAACAGAGAAACUGCAGAGAAAUGGGUUCAAUUGUUUCGCACUCCUUAUUUCAUGGUCACAGCUGUCCAAGAUGUGGAAGGCGUUGAACUAUGCGGUACCUUAAAGAAUGUCGUUGCUAUAGCAGCAGGUUUUGUGGACGGCCUGGACAUGGGAAAUAACACAAAAGCUGCAGUAAUGAGAAUUGGUCUGAGAGAAAUGAGAGUCUUUUCCAAGCUGUUGUUUCCAUCUGUUAAGGAUAACACCUUCUUCGAGAGCUGUGGCGUUGCUGAUCUCAUCACAACAUGCUUGGGAGGAAGAAACAGGAAAGUUGCAGAGGCCUUUGCCAAGAGUGGGGGGAAAAGAUCUUUGGACAAGCUAGAGGCACAGAUGUUGCAGGGCCAAAAGUUACAGGGUGUCUCAACGGCAAAAGAAGUGUAUGAAGUCUUGACACAUCGUGGAUGGCUAGAGUUGUUUCCAUUUUUUGCAACGGUGAAUGAGAUUUGCAUUGGUCGUCUUCCACCAUCUGCGAUAGUUGAAUACAGUGAUCGCACACACAAAGUCUCCAUGCUAUAGGGCUCUUGACCAACACAAUUGACAAACCCACGGAUGAGGCCAAUAUAUUUGACAUAUGUAACUCUUACCAACCGUGCACCAGGCAAGAAAGGGAGUGGUAGGUAAAACUUUAUAGCCCAAGCUGCAGCACCCCAAAAUAUGGGAUGCAAGGUAGGAAGCUUCAGGAUUCUGCCAGCUGAAGGCAGCUGCAGUUCAUAGAUUUGGACUUGUUACUGUGUCUCACUUUACUUUUGUUUUAGACACUUCAAAUUCUCUUACAAGUUAGUUUGUCGGAAAACAGUAGUUACUUUUUGUUGUAAAAGGCCAAUAUACCACCAAAUGUUUAUUUAAAUACCAUUUUAUAACAAAAGCGA